AUGUUAGAGCAUGACGUAGAUGCUCUCUUAAAUGGUUUUUUCCUUCUAGGACCUUCAGCUGAUUUUUCUGGCACUCUGAAACGUGAUCUAGUGGAAGAUUUCUUGAACGAAACAAUUGCUGAUCCAGAAGAGCAUUCAUCAUCAACAUCUAAAGUUCAGUAUGAUUCAGAUACUGGGAUUGUGCCUACUAAGUUUGACAACAACUGGGUUAUGCAUGUGAAGGUAUUGGCAUUCUUCUCUAUAGGCGUGUUCGUUAGAUCUUUAAGUGGGGAGCGCUCGCCUGAUGCAGACGGGGACACACGUGGCUGUAUUUUCUUCAUGCGCAAGAACUGUGAUUUAAAAAGGUCGUGGUUGAUCUGCCCAACUACAUCAGGAGAACAUGAGCAGACUUGUCUGAAGAUACAUCCUUUGGGUUUCGUCCAAGUAUGCCAUGCAAAUUUUGAAGCAACCGACUUCUUUACAAUUGGUAUCCUUGGCGGUUGUGGCACUUGUCCUUCGACGGUGGGCAACUUGCUUUCUCAACGGUGGCUGGGGCUCUGGGCAAUUGCUUCGUCGAUGGCCGCUGAGCACUUGCGUCCGCGAAGGUGGCUAGGGCACUUUCUUCGUCGGCGGCGGCUGGGCAGUUGCGUCCUUGGCGGAGGCUGGGGCUCCUGCGUCCUCGACGGCCAACGGACGGCGAGACGCCUGGGGCGUGUGCAGUGGAGCGGAAGGUGCGGAGGCCCAAGUGGAGGCAUGGAUGAUGGGUCGCGGCUACACCGGCGUAGAGGAUGGGCAUUGGCGUGGAUGCAACGCAAGGGAGAGGGUCGUCGUGGGUAUGGUGCGGUUUCUAAUUUAGCGAAUCGUUACCUAAUUAUUAGUGGACGUGGGAUUGGAGAGGGGAUGCGCUCAACGCGUUGAGCACUAGAUCUUGUGAAUGUAGGGCUCAGAUUGGUUGGAUAUGCCUCUCUCUCUCUUUUUAUAUUAGUGGAGAUUAGAGAAUCGUUACCUAAUUAUUAGUGGACGUGGGAUUGGAGAGGGGAUCCGCUCAACGCGUUGAGCACCUCAACAUUGGGCAGUUUUGGAUCGUUAGAUCUUGUGACUGUAGGGCUCAGAUUGGUUGGAUCUGC